UUCUUCAGUCAUACAUAAUCAGAUACAUUGUUCACCUGAAUCGGAUAUAAAGAUGAAUAGUUUAACCAAAUUACUUAUAGUUGUGUUUAUUAUCUUGAUGAAAGCCAAUUCAUGCGUCUCUAUGCCGAGUUGUUUUGCAAACUGCGCAUCAUGUUCAAAUUCAACCGUAUGCACAUCAUGUGACUAUGGAUACUACUUACGAUUAGCUGAGGAAUGUAGAGCGUGCAAGUACGUAGGAACGAACUGUGUUACAUGCAGUAAUGAAACGCAUUGUAACGAAUGUAGGCCAGGAUUCUGGGGCACCACUUGUAGAUCUUUUUGUUCUGAUGGUUGUAGCACAGAAACGUGUAACUCGUUAGAUGGAACAUGUACUUGUAAACCAGGUUUUUAUGGACCUACGUGCCGAUUCCAGUGCUCGGAAAACUGCCUAACUGACACAUGUGGGAAUAAUGGUGAAUGUGAUUGCAAGGACGGGUAUUAUGGAGAUCAGUGUUAUGGAAACUGUUUUUCUGAUUGUGAGAAAUGCUCUGAUGGCACAUCUUGUUCUGUGUGUCCAACUGGACAAUACAAAGCACUAUGUGAGCUCAAGUGCGAAUGCAAUGGCCGAUGCGAUAUACUCACUGGUGAGUGUAUACAAGUGACGUGUCCAGACAAGUGUGCAUCAUGCGGAGAAAGUGAUCAGUGUAAUGGGUGUACUGUCGGUUGGUAUGGUGCACGAUGUAACUACACGUGUUUGGAUAGAUGUAAUGGGGGUUGUGAUCAAUAUACCGGACAUUGCGUUGCAUGCUUUACUGGCUACUUUGGAAAAAAAAUGUGAAUUGGUAUGCACUAAAUGUCGUGGUGGUGUCUGCAAUCAAGAAGGGGAAUGUACUUCGUGUUUUGAUGGCAAGUAUGGAUCAUUUUGUAACAAAAUAUGCCCUGAAGACUGUGUUGAAAGUAUAUGUAUCCAGAUAGAUGGGUCAUGUCAACAUCAGGUUCAAUGUCCUGUGAAUUGUGUCAAUUGUACGGACAACGUUACAUGCUCUGAAUGUAAGAACUCUUUUUACGGCAUUAUGUGUUCAUUUAAAUGUAGUAGUACAUGCAAAGGUAGAACUUGUGACAAAGAAUCAGGACGUUGUGAGAAUUGCGAGUUAUCACAUUAUGGGGACUUUUGCGAAAAUGUCUGCUCCAAGAACUGUGCAGGUUCCCUAACUGAAUCAAAAUGCGACUCAACAGGAAAGUGCAACUACGGAUGUAUUGAUGGUUUCAUUGGUGAUACCUGCACUUCAGAAGCCGAAAAGCAGCAAACCGUUGGAGCGGAAGAGGAAACUGACUCUGGUUCGGUCAUCGGUGGAGCGGUUGGUGGUGCCCUUGGUUUGUGUGUUGUUUUAACUCUGGUGGUAGUGCUUGUCAUUAAGAAGAAAGGGCUUAAAAGGAAAGAGAGGAAGAAGACGUAUGAAGACAUAUCGCCAGAAGGAGGCCAAAAUGAGCCAUACACAACUUUAGAAGUCGCAAAGACGACCGAGUAUGAAAUACCCGAUUCCGAGCCACAGUCUGGGUUGAGCAUGGAAAGUAAAGACACCGGGCUAUACUACAAUAAUGAAAAUGUCUACUACAAGAAUGUCGGUGGAAAUGUUCAGAAGACAUGAAUAUCUACAACAACAAUUGAAAAACAGUG